AACGUGGGUCGCCCUCGUAGGUGGAGGAGGUUUCCGCGUUGUCCGGUUAAAAUAUGACUCACUGACAUUUAGUUACUCUCUCCGUGCCCGCUGGCUUGCCUGAACCCCAAGAGAUGUGGAAACCGCAGAAAAGGUAGACGCUUAAAUAUUUGUAGGGUGAAGGUUCGAAGGUAGCCGCAUGCAAGAUCACGCAAAAUGUGCUGGCUGAAAUGUGUCAGCAGCUUUAUACCGCCCAACGCUUGGCAACCAUGCUGACACGUCAUCUGUUCAUUUGCGGGCGCGUCACUGCCGGCUAGUGGUCGCGAGAUGUUUCUCGCGUAACUACUCUGGAGUUGUUUGUUCCCCGUCUUUUUUCCUGUACGGCUGUGCAUCUGUUGGCUGCCUUCCGGAGACCGCAGAACGACCAUGGUUCUCAUGACAAUGAUCGCGAGGGUCGCCGACGGGCUCCCACUGUCGGCCUCUGUCCAAGACGAUCAGCAGCAACUGGGGCCAGGCAACACUGAAUAUCAGAACCAGGCCAAAAUGCUCUUUAAGAAGUUGAAUGAUCAGUCGUUUUCCAAGUCGACGAUUGAAACUGGACCUUACAACUUCCACUACCUCAUCGAGAAUGGGGUCUGCUACCUGGUGCUUACAGAAAAGUCCUUCUCGAAGAGACUGGCAUUCUCUUUCCUCGAAGAUCUUCAGAACGAAUUUAACUCCCAGUAUGGCUCCAGGGUAAAUUCCGUGAACAGGCCUUACAGCUUCAUAGAGUUUGACACCUACAUACAGAAGGCCAAGAAAUCGUUCAUGGACUCCAGAGCACGACGAAACCUGACCAACCUGAAUUCAGAGUUACAAGACGUGCAGCGAAUCAUGGUGCAGAACAUUGAUGAUGUAUUGCAAAGGGGAUCAGUGAUCUCGGAGCUCGACAGCAAGGCAAGCAAUCUGUCUCUGUUGUCCCAGAAGUACAAGAAGGACGCCCGGUAUCUCAACCUGCGCUCCACCUAUGCAAAGCUGGCAGCAGUUGCGGUCGUAGUCUUUGUAGGCUUUCUGUAUUUCUACAUCUUCUAGUUGACGGGGUCACAGUUUGGGAGUUGCAGCCGCCCUUCCCCGGGCAUGCCACCUAACCUUUUACACUCGUCGGUUAUUGUAUUACGUGUAAAUACAGCCAGUUUGCUCACCGCGGUGUUGGUCGGCCCAUGAUCCUGCUGCUUGGCACGGCAAACAAGUGCCACAAAGGAAGUGUAUGGGACUUCGUAUCUUUCCGAGGAGGGGGGGGGGGGGGGGGGGGGGGGUGCGCCAUGAUGCUCGGCAUUUCGUGCAAGUUGUCUAAUAAAGUCUCAGUAAACUAGAACUUGUAUACCUUAGAACUUUACCUCGCUUAGCUGGGUCUGGUUCCUCAGAGAUUAGCCAAAAUACAAGGAAAAUUCCUUUGGGUUCACUCCUCGCGUCUCAGCGUCUGCCGAUGCCAUCGCAAUUACGAACGGAAGCCUGUGCCAUGUGGAGGAAUUAAUCGGGAGGUUUCUGAAACGCACGGAGCAAGACUGCUCGCAACAUGGUGACACGUUUAUCUACAAUGGUUCCGAUUGGACGCCUUCCAGUUCGUUCUCUUCACGAGCCCAAUAGAAAUUGCCAAAAAACAUGGCAGGGUAGUGGAAUGGUAACACACCCAAUCGAUCAAUAAAACAACCCAACUCCGCCAGA